ACAAUUGGAGGAAGGAAUUCAGGAAGUGCUCACAGCCACUCAGACCUCUCAGAGCCUAGUCCCAGGCAGGAGCAGGGCUGCAGCAGCCAGGGAUGAGUGUGCCAUGGCCUGGCCCCUGGGGCAGCCACCAGGUCAGGAGGCCAGGGCACUGCGUACAGCCAGAGCUGUCCUUCCGGGAGCCCCGGCUCCUCCGGGUCCAGGGAGCCUUGAGUGUGCAUCUUUCAGGACGGCGCUUCUUCUAGAAGCCACCUGUGGAGCCACAGCCCUUGGAAGCCUGGCCAGAGGCUUAGGAAACAGCAACAGAGACCAACUGAGGUCAGAGUAGGGCCAUGAGAGGCGCCCAAUGGCCUAGAGGGGGCACGACCCAGGACAUCCGACCAGAAUCUUCUCAGAAGACGGCAGGGAGAGCGGCUGGAAGAGCCUUCUGCUCCAGACAGGGAGCUAAGGCUCCAAGACGCACCCCAGUUGGCUUAGCGGGUCAGCUGCCACACGGGGCCAUGGAAACGGCAGUGGUUGCAGUGGUGGUGGUGCUGCUUGUGGUCACUGUGGUCAUCACCUGUGUCCUCUGCUGCUUCAGCUGUGACUCGCGGGCCCCGGAUCCUCAGGGGGGCCCUGGCCGCAGUUUCACAGUGGCCACAUUUCGCCAGGAGUCUUCCCUCUUCUCGGGGCUGGGUCACCAUGCCCAACCAGUGGUGGGUGCCCAGGACCUCUUGACCGUCAUUGAGGCCUAAUAGCCCCCAGGAUUUGUUCUGCUGGUGGGUCAGACUCACCCACCCCCCAGCAAGCCUUCCCUGGAGUCCCACUCCUCUGAGUCUGUUAUUCUGGUCCUUCUCGCCUAUAUCUAGUGAACUCCCUGUCCCAUCUCAUCCCAGCCUGCUGUGCCCUCCAGCCUGGGAGAUCCGUGGUGGUGGAGCCAGGUGGGAGUAAUCUCUGAUCCCUGAGAGCACACCUGGACCCUACCCACAGAUGGGGCUUAGAGUGCCAAGAGUGAGUGAUGGGACAUGGUGUCAGAGUGUAUGGUGGGCCAGCUCUGCUGAUCUACAGGCGGCACCGAAAUAUCACUGGAAUUUAUUGUGAACAAGGUGCCGGUCAACUCAGGUUACCCCAGGAUACCUGCAAAACUGGUUCUAUUGACACCAGAGGAAGCAGCGCCCUCAAGUGGACAUUUUCAUAAACCACCUCCUCUCGGCUCCCCUCUUGAGCAUUUCUGCUAUUAGCAUGUGCACCGGACACAGAGGCCAGUCCUGGGGCCUGUGCCGCCAGCUGCCUGAAAUCAGCCUUGAAACUCUGAAACCAAAGAGCCGCUUCCUGAGAACAAGUGAUUUAUCCCAUAACUGAAAAUGUGUAUUGUUUUAUGGGUCUCCCAAGAAUCAGGGUUGGAAAACCACAAAGGGAAACAGAAGAGAAAAUAAGAGUCAGAGAAAGUACGAGAUGUUUUAUUAACAGGAAUACAGAAAGAAGACUUGGAAAUAUGUUUUGAAUGAGACUUUAUUACUGUAGUCUAACAGGUCACUUCUAUUCUUAGAGAAUGUGAGUUAUUUGCAUCACUUAGGAAUGAUGGAAAAAUCACGAACUGGAAGAUAAUUCCAAAUAAGUUAAAAUAUUAUGUUACAUUUGAGAGCAUGUAAAAAAACACGAUGUUCAGUUUUUAUUAACAGAAAGUCUGUUUUCUCUGUACCCAUGAAAUAAAUGCUGU